CCCGGAUAUUUACCUAACUAUACCUGGCUCCUCCGGCACUCCCCGUCCCGAGGUUCUCACAGCGGACAGUCCGAGGAGCAUGACCCGUCUCCGAAGCGGGGCGACUGAGGUCCCCUCUCAGUGACGAGCUAAGGGCAGGGUGUUUGUCUUGAGAGGGAGGCAGAGUUACCGUGGUAACAGACAUGCCAAAACCGGACCUGCUCUGCCUAGUUCAGCUGUUGGACGGCACCAUCGAGACCUUCAGAGUCAGCAAGCAGGAUGAAGGUGUGGUUCUGUUGGACCAAGUAUGUGACCACCUGGGCCUGCAGGAAAGGCAGCUCUUCAGUCUGCAGAUCAGAGAAUCCAGCACAGCGAUCGCCUCUAUCACAGCCAACACACACUCUCCCAGAUGGUUGGAGCCUGAGAAACCCUUGAAGAAGCAGAUAAAAGGUCUUGUAUCUCCCUUUUAUCUGAACUUCAGAGUACGAUUCUUCAUCUCUGAUCCCAACUCUCUGCAGCAUGAACAGACAAGGCACUUGUACUUCCUCCAGAUCCGGAGUGACAUUAGAGAAGGACGGUUGCAGUGCCCGCUGAAUGCAGCUGUAGUGUUGGCCUCUUACGCUGUCCAGUCGGAGAUGGGGGAUCACUGUCCGUCCAUGCUUCCUGGCUACCUCUCAAAGUGCCACUUUAUCCCCGACCAAGAUGAAGACUUUCUAUGUAAAGUGGAGGAUCUGCAUCCACAGCACAAGGGGCUGAAGCAGAGCGAGGCGGAGUUGUGUUUCCUCAACACAGCACGGACGCUGGAGUUGUAUGGAGUGGAGCUGCAUGCUGCCAUGGACAUCAACAAUGCCCCUCUGAUGGUGGGUUUGGCCUCAAGUGGUGUUGCAAUAUUCUGUAAUAUGAUUUGCUCCAGUUUUUUCCCCUGGGGGAAUAUAAUCAAGAUUUCAUUUAAGAGGAAACGUUUUCUUAUACAUCUGAAACGCAAACAUGGGGAGACCCGGGACUGUGAGGUGUCUCUGAUUCUGCCCUGCCCCAAAACCUGUAAGAACCUGUGGAGGUCCUGUGUGGAUCAUCACUCCUUCUUCUGCUCCAGCCGGACUGCCAGGAGCCCCAGACACAACAACAGCGCAGUUCACUCCUACACAAAGCUGAUAACACAGCACCUGGGCCUCAGCAACAGUAAAACUGAGAGUGGUCCAGUGUGCCAGCGAGUGGUGGGAGGGAUGGUGUGGAACCCAGUCCUGCAGAGGUCGAUUUCGUCAGAGCAUCUGGAGACCAAGAGUCUGCCCUCCAGAUCGCCCCCAACCACCCCAAACUGGCGAAGUCCUCGAGUUCGUCACGGCAUCCGUAAACCCCGUCCAUCUUCGGUGGAGCUGUCCAAUGAUCUGAAAGACAUGUCAGAGGGGGAGGAUGUCUUCUACACUUACAGGGCGUCCGUGAGCAGCAGCAAGGACAGCGAGGGAGACACUUCACCACAUCACCUUUCUGGUACUUAUAACAGAGGGCAAGAUGAGGCUUUGUCCCAAACUGAUGACAGUAUAGGAGAGGACGAAAGCUCACACCACUACGACAAGGGCGCUCUCGGCGACGGUGACCUGAUGCUAAUAUGUAUUGCCCCUGAUCAUGAGGGCAAGUUUGGCUUCAAUGUCAAAGGCGGGGUGGAUCAGAAGAUGCCUCUAGCCAUAUCCCACGUUAAACCUGACUCGCCGGCAGGUCGAUGUGAGCCCAAACUCCUGGAGGGAGACCUGGUGGUCCUCAUCAAUGGUCGCGACAUAUCUGAACACACACACGACCAGGUUGUCAUGUUCAUACGAGCCAGCAGAGAGUCGCACUCCAGAGAGCUGGCCUUGCUUAUCAGACGUAAAGGUCCUGGCCGGGUGGCACCCCUGCUGCAGUUACCUCCUGCCCUAACACUCACUGGCCAAUCACAGGGAGACAAAGCGCAGUCACCUGGCAAGUCAGAGCGGGUCACGACACUGGAGGAAUCAAUGAGACAGCUGGAGAGAGGAAUACAGUCUGGCACACUCAGUUUCCAUUUUGAGAAUUUAUACAGGAGGAAGCCUGGUUUGUCACUAAACUGUGCUCGGCUCCCUGAGAACAUGGACAAGAAUCGAUACAAGGAUGUUCUGCCUUAUGAUGCUACCAGAGUGGUGCUCCAGGGCCAGGAGGACUACAUCAAUGCCAGCCACGUCACGGUGGCGCCUCCAGUGUCUGGUGUAUGUUUACGUUAUGUUGCGGCUCAGGGUCCAUUGCCACAGACCUGCACUCACUUUUGGCAGACUGUUUGGGAGCAAGAGACACACACCAUCAUCAUGCUUACAACUCUGACAGAGAGGGGACGGACCAAGUGCCACCAAUACUGGCCGCACCCCCCAGAAGUGAAGGAUUACGGGCACAUGCGGGUGAAGUGUCACUCAGAGGAGUGUAACCUGGCGUACGUGACGCGAAAGUUCACUCUGACGCACACACAGCGGGGUGAGGAGCGUGCAGUCACGCACCUGCAGUAUGUUGCGUGGCCGGACCAUGGUGUACCUGAUGACCCUUCAGACUUCCUGCUGUUCAUCAGCUCAGUCAGAGAGAGAAGGAAAGGUGAAGAGCCACUAAUGGUACACUGCAGUGCUGGGAUUGGACGGACAGGUGUUCUGAUCACCAUGGAAACGGCGCUAACUCUUUUGGAUGAGGGACGGCCGGUGUUUCCGCUGGACAUUGUCAAAACACUGAGAGAUCAGCGAGCCAUGAUGGUUCAGACCACGUGUCAGUUCCAGUUUGUGUGUGAGGCCAUUCUGCGAGUCUACAAAGAGAAACAGGGGGGAUCUACAGCAACUUAACUCGAAUCAGCAACUGGACCAGAACAGACACACUUACCAUUUGAGCCUCAUCUCACAGAAAGCGACUGCCACAGAGGGACUUACAGAGCUAUAAUAGAUUAACCCCUCUCAUGCCUAUGGGAAUGGUACACAGGCUGGAUAAUGAGAGUAUAACUAGCUUCAGGGGACAGCUGUCUGUGAUCUGUGUUGCCUAGAUUCAAUGUGACUAUAUGAAUCUUAAGCCUAGUCGGCCCUAGUUUUUGUUGAUCGUGCAUUAAGCUUGUAGAGGCUGUGGUCUCCAUAGAGACUGAUGUAAGACUGAUGUGAGCAGCUAAUUUCUGUCCACGAGGCCACUCAGGAAUGAUGCCUCUAAUUAUUAAGCUAUGUGUGCCUUAGUCGGAUGCCUCCCAGUGGAUGGAUUGAUUAAGGCAGCAGAGGCAGACCAGGAUCGUUGUAAUGGGUAGUUUAUCUUUGUGUCCGAAGACAAAGAGCGAGGCAGGCUUUUGAUCACUACAGCAGAUACUGUAAGAUCACGGUGGUCCAGCAGAGCACGCUGUCCGCCAGAGGAGCACCAUUCCCACUAUUCAUCAUUCCUUAAAUUAUUAAUACACUAAAUAAACACACUGAUUUAUACUGAUAUGUCUGCUUUGUCAUUUCUUCUGAUACUGAACGUUAUAAAUUAGAUCAUUAAAAGAGGAUAUGUCACUUUAUAUAUAAAGCUUGCUGAUGUCUUUUAGGCAACACCAGCCUUUUUCACACUCCCUUGCAGAAUAAGGCUGCUCACUAAAGCGAAGAGUAGUCUGCUUAUUCAACCUUAAGAUGAGUGCCUCUAAAGCUGGCAUCGUAUCAGUGAUACUAUCUCAGCAACACAGAUCAGCUCAAACUGUCUGGUUAUGAGGAAAUAUUGGCUUAAAGAAAGACAUUAUAGAAAAAUGUAAUAUUGCUGUGCAGAUUGCAGUGUCUCUUCAGGUCUAUGGUGAUGAUAUUCUUGCAGGAUGAUAUGUAUAAUUCACAGUGUUGUUAUAUUUGUCCACUCCUUAUGCUGUGGUUCCUUUUUUCAUAAGGAUACAGCUAAAUGUGAAAUAUUUACAAUGAACCCACUAAUGCCACUAAAAUAUGUGAGAGAAUGAGACAGAAUCUCAUCACUUCACUCAUAAAUUAGAUUAACCAUAUCCAGAGCCAGCAGACGUCUGAAGGAAAACAUGGACUUGCGAGAAGUCCUACGCAGGAAAUGCAUAUCUGAAGAUAAGGAGCAGGUUUGUAGCUACCAAUGUUGACACGAAGGUCAUGUUCUCAGUCUACAAUUAAAAAUGUACACAUAGACUCAACCCAGAGAGCAAUAAUGAUUGUACAGAAAAUUAUUCUCAGGAACUGGGAGUCACCUGGAGAGUCUUCUUUUCUUUUAUAUUUCUCUUACAAAUAUGUAAGUGAAGAGAUGAGGUUGAUUUUUAAUCUGGGAGUUUUGCUUCGGCACUUUGUCUUAGAAUCGUAUUGUUUCUGUUUUCUUUUUCUCCUUAUUAUAAGAGAGCCACUAUGUUAUCAAAUUGAUCCCUCAUGUUUCAGUGUGCAAGUGGGUGGAAAUGGGGAAUUGAGGGAACAUUUUUUUUUUUUUUUAAAUUAACAGCACUCGUCUAUGUGUGAUCUUGAAAAAAAAAAGACAUAUGGUGGAUCAUUUCCAUCUGAUUCCAGUAUUUUUAAUCCUAAUAUAUCAUAAUUUGACCACGUUUAGCCAGUAGAAGAAUAAAUGAUCUAGUAUUUCUCUGCCAGAAUUUUAUUCCUGGCAGUGUGGAGAGGGCUUUUAAACAUUCAUCCUGAGAAGUAUUUGGCAGAAAAUGCAUUUGAUCAAAAAUUCAGGUAGUUAAAUAAAUGUAUGGUGGGGAUUGUUUACAGGGAGACCUUGACUCAUGAUUUUUAAAACCUACCUCUUUAGCUUGUCCUUUGAUUUAUUGUGUUUUAAAAUGUUUCUGUACCUUCUUGUCUAUUUUAUUUGUUAUUGUCUUUUUAUCUAUUUUUAUUCUAUGUUCAUUCUUAUU